AUGGAUAUUGAGUCAACAACACAAUUAAACAAGGCUGAUUUUUUCUCUCAUUGGGGGAUCUUCCUAAAGGCUUUGCCUAGUAACUCCAAGUCCAAGAUGAUCAAUGUCACGAUGAGUAUAAAGAAAAUUGGCCAAGAUGACCCCAACCGAGUAAUUCACUCAUUAAAAAUGGGAAUUGCUCUCACAUUGGUGUCCUUGCUUUACUACUUAAGGCCUCUUUAUGAUGGCUUCGGAUUGGCAGGAAUAUAUGUUGUUCUGACUGUGGUUACUGUAUUUGAAUUCACCGUAGGUGCAACCCUCAACAAAGGUUUAAAUGGAGGAUGUGCUACAUUAUUAGCUGGGGCUUUAGGGUUUGGAGGCCAACACUUAGCUAUUGUUUUUGGAGAAAGAGGAGAACCUUUUGUACUUGGGACCCUUGUCUUCAUUCUAGCUGCAGGGUCUACAUUUUUUAGAUUUUUUCCCAAAAUCAAGGAAAGAUAUGAUUAUGGGGUGGUGACAUUUAUAUUUACAUUUUGUUUGGUUACUGUAUCGGGUUACAGAGUCGAGCAACUCUUUGAGCUUGUUUAUCAGAGACUUUCUACAGUUUUAAUAGGGACUGCAACAUGCAUGGUUAUCUCCAUAUUGGUUUGUCCAGUUUGGGCAGGCGAAGACCUUCACAAGUUGGUAGCAUCCAAUAUAGAAAAGCUAGCAAAUUACCUAGAAGGAUUUGAAGGCGAAUAUUUUCAAUGCUUAGAUGAUAAAGAAAAAACUGAGAAGUCUGUUCUUCAGGGAUAUAAAAGCGUUCUCAAUUCCAAAAAAGAUGAAGAGUUAUUGGCUAAUUUGGCGUGGUGGGAACCAGGACAUGGCGGUUUUCGUCUUCGUCAUCCUUGGAAGCAAUACUUAAAGAUUGGAGAACUUGCUCGGGAAUGUGGUUUCAAGAUUGAAACUCUUAACACAAUCCUUGAUGACACUGAAAUUCAAGCAUCUUUGAAAUUUAAGAGUAAAAUUCAAGAAUCAUGCACAAAGAUGAGUUCAGAAUCCAGCAAUGCGUUUAAGGCAAUAUCUUCAUCAAUCAAAACAAUGACAGACCCAUCAGCUGCUAAAUACCACAUAGAUAAUUCUAAAACUGCAAUUGAAGACCUCAAAAUUGCACUGGAAACUGUUUCGUUGGAACAGGGAGAACUCCUAGCUAGAAUCCCAGUAGCCGCAGUUGCAACAAUACUCAAAGAAAUCACCAUGUCUGUGGAGAAAAUUUAUGAAUCUGUUUCCGAGCUUUCUCAUUUAGCCCAUUUCAAGAGCAUAGAACCCAAUGUCUCGCCAGAAAAGCCUGUUGUAAUGGACAUUGAUAACGCUGAUCAUAUUGAAAUUACCAUCCAAGAUAUAAGCACAAACUCACCAGAAAAAGAAAACGCACCAUCACCAGAAUCCACCCAAUGUUUGCAACUGGAAAUAGUUGUCAUUAGAGAGUAG